GGGGGGUUUGUUCGCUCGGAGCUGAGGGCGGGACCAGAGGCUGUCCGUGUGCCCGCUCCCCGGUGCCGUCUCUCACACACACACACAGAGAGCACCCUGUCGCCUCAUCAUGGACACCCGGCACCGCCGCUGAGGGCCCGCUGUCCGACACUGACCCACCGCUGGCUCAUUUAAAAGAAAAUAUUUUCUCUCAAGACGUCCCUCUCCACCGAGUGACCGGUCCGUCAGGAGCGGGAGGAGGACCGGGCGAAGGAGACGGCCAUUCGACUUAACCCCCCCCCUCUCCAUCCCGUCACCGGGGGCCGGUCUCCCCUCACCCCCCCCCCCCCUCCCCCCCGGGACUGAGUGAGGGAAGGGGUGUGUGUCUGCAAACCACCCCCGGAGGAGACCGAGCUCCUGGGAGGACCCCCCCACCCCCGAGGAGAAGGCACUGGCCGGAGUGUGAGAGCGACGACCACCCCCCCCCCCCCCACCUCCUCCUCCGCCUGACCCCUGGACUGUGAACCCGGGCCUCGGGGAUGGAGUGGGGGCUGAAGGCCGUCCUGUCGUCCUGGACCCUCAUCGCGCUGUGCUCGGCUUCCCCGACCCCGCCGAAAGUUUACACCAACAGCUGGGCGGUGCAGAUCCCCGGCGGGCAGCAGGAGGCCUCCAGGGUGGCCAGGGAGCACGGCUUCAUCAACCUGGGACAGAUUUUUGAUGAUUAUUAUCAUUUUCGGCAUAUGGGCGUGACGAAACGAUCAUUGACUCAACAUGUGCAUCAUCAGAAUAAACUGCGACAGGAUCCUCAGGUCACAUGGCUGGAACAGCAAGUAAUUAAGAAAAGGAAAAAGAGAGACAUUUACAUUGAACCAAAUGACCCCAAAUUCCCAAUCCAAUGGUAUCUGCAUAACACGGAUCAUCGUGACUUAAAUGUAAAAGAAGCCUGGAAGCAGGGUUAUACAGGAAAGGGUGUUGUAGUUUCUAUUCUGGAUGACGGAAUUGAGAAGAAUCAUCCAGACCUAUCAGCUAAUUAUGAUCCAGGUGCCAGUUACGACGUAAAUGAGAAUGAUCCUGAUCCUCAGCCCCGUUACACCCAGCUGAAUGAUAAUCGACAUGGAACACGGUGUGCUGGCGAGGUGGCAGCUGUAGCCAACAAUGGGAUUUGUGGUGUGGGUGUGGCAUAUAAUGCCAGAAUCGGGGGUGUGCGGAUGCUAGAUGGAGAGGUGACUGAUGCUGUGGAAGCUAGGUCCCUUAGUAUGUACCCUCAACAUAUUGAUAUCUACAGUGCUAGUUGGGGUCCAGAGGAUGAUGGAAAGACAGUGGAUGGUCCUGCUAAAUUAGCACAGGCAGCGUUUUUUAAAGGCAUUUCACAGGGACGUGGUCGUCUUGGCUCGAUAUUUGUGUGGGCUUCUGGGAAUGGUGGCCGGGAACAUGACAGCUGUAACUGUGAUGGAUAUACAAAUAGUAUCUACACCCUUUCAAUCAGCAGUACAACUCAGAAUGGGAAUGUACCUUGGUACAGCGAGGCAUGCUCUUCAACACUUGCCACUACAUACAGUAGUGGAGGUCAAUUUGAAAAACAGAUCGUUACCACUGAUCUCAGACAGAAAUGUACAGAAUCGCAUACUGGAACUUCUGCAUCUGCUCCCCUUGCUGCCGGAAUCAUUGCCCUUGCACUGGAAGCAAAUAAAAAUCUGACAUGGCGGGAUAUGCAACACCUUGUGGUACGGACAUCCAAACCUUCCCAUCUGUCAACAGAUGAUUGGAUUAUCAAUGGCGUUGGCCGCAAAGUCAGUCACUCCUAUGGAUAUGGGCUGUUGGACGCUGGAGCAAUGGUUGCACUAGCUAAGGACUGGACAAACGUUGGAGAUCAACGGAAAUGUGUCAUUGUUAUCAUAUCUGAGCCAAAGGAUAUUGGUAACCUUCGAUUGGAGAUUCGAAAAAGGGUUGAUGCAUGCCUUGGAAGUUCAAAUUUUAUCCACUCCUUAGAGCAUGUGCAGGCAAGGAUUACACUAUCAUAUAACCAGCGUGGAGACUUGGCUAUAUUUCUCACCAGUCCUAUGGGGACGAGGUCAACUCUGUUGGCACCAAGAGAGCAUGACUACUCAUCUGAGGGAUUUACUGACUGGGCAUUCAUGACCACUCAUUCAUGGGAUGAAAACCCCUCAGGAGAAUGGGUUCUGGAAAUAGAAAAUACUUCUGGUGCAAAUAAUUUUGGUACUCUGAGACAAUUUACGCUGGUUCUUUAUGGGACAGCACCAACUAACAACAGCCAGCAGAAAUCGACCAACAUUACACUACCUGCCAACUGCAAAACACUGAACUCUCAGCAAGUGUGUGCAGAAUGUGAAGGUGAAUAUUUUCUACAUCAGCAAGGCUGCGUGGAAAAGUGUCCACCAGGCUUUUAUAAAGGAUUGGUUGACAGUGUCUUGGACAACAAUGUUGAAUUUCCAGAAGUUUUGGCCUGCCUUCCUUGUCAUGCUUCUUGCCGCACAUGCAAUGGGAUUACAGCCAAUCGCUGCCUCUCUUGCCUCCCUCAUUCACACUACAAUGAAGUUGAGUUGAGCUGUUCACCCCAAAUGCAAGUCAGCAGGGAAUCUCCCUUGGAAAAUGAGGAAGUAGUUGAACCACUCACUGAAUCUCAAGCACCUAUAUGGUUUGCUUUUACCAUCUGUGCCUUCAUUAUAAUGGUAUUUUUUAUAAUAUUCAUAGUUCUUCAGGUCAGGUCAGGAUUCCAGUUCAGCAAAGUGAAAGUCUACACUCUACAAAACGGGAAAGGGAUUAUAUCUUACAAAGGAAUUUCUGACAUGUGGAAAGAUGGUGAUUUAUCUGAAUCGGAUUGUGAAGAAUUUGAUGUUGAGGGCCAAAGUGAAAGAACAGCAUUUAUAAAGAAAAUACAAAGUGUCCUCUAGUAUUCCUCUUUCAGUUGAUCCCUCCCAUUACUGAUGAAGGACUUCAGUGAAAAGUGUCUUAAGGUUACAAGAAAUCCACAUCUGUUUUUAUAUGGAAUGUGGGUGCUUGAAAUAAUGUUGGACAUGAUCUCUCAAAGCUAAACUGUUAAUACUGGAAAUUGGACAUUUUUCACAGCUCUUAACUGAGGUAGGUUGGUGUCUUUAGUUCCCAGCAAAAUGUGGUCAGGGCCAUAGAAUGGUAGAAUGGAAUGGAUUAUUUUUAAUUCAGUAUUGUGUGAUAGAUAAUUAUACAAAUUUUAAGACUCCCAAAAUUGACCACAGCACUAUACCUGGAUAAUUUGAAGUCAAUUAAUUUUGAGGAAUUUGAAAUUACUAUUUAGACUUUCAGCAAAGUAUUUCACAACAUGAUCAAAGGGGCCAGAAGUGACUUUUGAGUUGUAGAAACUGAGUUUGUUUCAAGGAUUUUUUUUGCACUUUAAUUUUUUUAAAAUUUAAUUUCAUCCCUUAAAAUGCUCACUGAAGUGUAACUGAAGUUUGUAUUUGUUUAAAAUCUCAAUGAAAUCCCUCUGGCUUAUUAGGUCACUCACCACCUCUGGUGGUUGUUUGAGGUAUUCUGACCUGUAAGGUCUCCAAUCGAACUCCAAUCUGAGCUCAAUUAGGGUACUCUAUUUAUGGUUGUGUACCCUUGGGGGCUGUGGGUGGAAGGAGGGAAGGAAAGUAAUAGUGUUUUCCAAUGCUAAGAACAUACAUGUGGAUGUCUGACUGAGGUACAGGCUUGAUGAGCUCAAAAACUGAUCAACUUGAUAAUCCUUCCUGUCAGAGCUGAGAUAUGAAGCUUGGCACUUAAGCAAGGUGUCAACAGCCGAACGGUUCUAGAAAGUGACAGUGACAAUCAGCAGCUUUAAGAAGGGAAGUUUAAAAAAAUGUAAAACUUGUUUAUCAGCAGGAAAGUCACCUUUUAGAGGAAAUUAGGCACUAGCCAUUCUGGGGUAAAGAAAAUAAGUUGAAGACAAACCAUGAAAGUUUUGUUUGCAUAAUCUAAACCAUUCAUUUGUACCUGGAGAACUGAUGGUGCAUGUACUAACAUGUAUAACCUUGGACUCAAAUUGAAGCUAGAGUCUUUGCCUGCUGUCAGGAUUGAUUCUAGUGACUAGUUCUGAAUAUCAAAGGCCUAAGGAACAUGCGUGAACUAAAUGGGCAUCUCACCUGAAUGACUUGUAGGGAAAAUGGAAAAAUAUUAUUCUAAUGUAGUGGGAGGUGCCUUUGAGGUUAGUGCUAAAGUACAGUAUUUAGCCAAGGAAGAAAGAUAUUGCAACAAGUUACUGAUUUCGUAAAAUAUUUAAUUUACGAGCAAUAACACCACUUGGGGACAAAAGCCCCUAAGUCGUAUAAAUAUUUAUUGCACAUCACAUUACUUACUGAAGUGUUGAUUUGAAUCACCUCGGUAGCACUUUGUAUUGUUGCCAGAACUCUUGCUCCUAUUUAAUACAGCAUUAUUUUAAAAUUGUCUUCCAGUUAUUUUAAUUAAAGUAUUUUACUAUGAACAUACUGUAUGUGUUGCUUGGAGAAGUCUGAUCUGAGGAACUGUCACAGUUCCUAUAAAACAGCAAAUAGGGCAGGUUGAAACUGGGCAUUAAAUGUGACUUUAAUCUAAAGAUUCAUUUUCUUAAAGCAGGGGUGUCAUCUGUAGUAAGAAUUCUAAGUUUGGCUUUUUGGAUUUGAAGAUACAAAUGUGUUAUUUUGUUGAACUGUUGUUAAAAUUUAAAGGAGUAUUAUUUAGAUACCGGUUGCAUUUUUAUUAAAAUGAAAAGAUAAAUGGGUACCAAUAAGUUAUCUCUGGCACCUGAGCUAUAAUCCAGCCAAACCGGUCCAGUGGGAGUUCUGUCUGUACUUGUGAUGUCCUUAUUUGAAAUGUCUGGGAAUUCUCCAUUUUAAUUCCAAGAGGUGUGGACCCAUCGCACAAAGUGCCCUUAAUUUGGUGAUAAUUCUGCAAUAUCUUUCAAGGGUGGUAGGUGUGGAAAAUGCUACUGAUGUCUGGUCCUCCAACAGUCACAAAGCAAACCUUUGGACAGAGUCUGCUCUCAUCGGUUUUAUAGUCUGUACCCUCUGAUCAAUGUUGCUACCUCCUUAGUUAAACUUUGGACACUUAAAUUUCAGUUUUUCCCUUUUACCAUUGAUGCCUCCUGACCUGAGAUGGUGUGUUGUGCUGAAAAUUCUGGAUAUUAGCUGUGAAAAAUGUUUACCUUCUCUGCUUUUUGACUGUAUAAACGAAAAAAAAAACAAUGAGCACAAAACAUUGAGAUGGGUGGGAAGUCUUUCCCUUCAAGGUGGGGGGGGGGGGGGG